AUGUUGAAAUUAAAACAAAAAUGUUUUUCAAGACUUUCAUUUGCUGAAAAAAAAGUUUUAGUUGAAAAUAGUAGACCGUGUCCAGAUCUUGACAUUUUAACAACAGUAAAAAUUAAAAAGACUGGAGUUGAUAAUACGUCAUGCACUCGGCAUUUUCGUUAUGAUGAUUUAAAUCAUUUAAAUACAGCUGUUAAAAAACAUACUGAAUCAGAAAUUCAUAUAGCUGCAUAUUUUAAACUUAAAACAUUUUUAUCAUCUUCAACUGCUAGAAUUGAUAUAUCAUUAGAUAAACAAAGAAAAAUAGAUAUUCAAUUACAUAAUGAAAAAGCUGCAAAAAAUAGAGAAAUAUUAAAAAGAUUAAUAAAUGCAGUAUGUUUUUUAGCUAAGCAGGAAUUACCUUUUAGGGGACAUAAUGAAAACAAAUAUUCAGUUAAUAGGGGAAACUAUAUGGAAUUAUUGAUUUCUAGCCAAGAAUUUGAUCCAUUGUUACAAGAACAUUUAAAUACAUCUACUAUUUUUCGAGGCACUUCUGUUUCCACACAAAACGAUUUAUUAAAUUCUGUUGCUGAUGUUAUUAAACAUGAGAUUUUUAAUGCAAUUCAAAAUACACAAUACGUGGCAAUUAUGCUUGACGAAACGACUGAUAUUAGUAAUAAAUCGCAAUUAUCGACAGUACUGAGAUAUUUUUCACAAAACGAAAACAAAAUUGUUGAACGUUUUCUUGGAUUUGAUGACAUGAGUGCUGACAAAACAGCAGCCUCAUUAUUUAAUCACUUAAAUCAAGUAGUAGACAAAUUUAAAAUUGAAAGCAAAUUAGUGGCACAAACAUAUGACGGUGCAGCAGUAAUGUCUGGUCAUUUAAACGGUUUGCAAAGUAAAGUUUUAGAGAAAUAUCCUAAAGCUAUGUUUACUCAUUGUUAUGCGCAUGUUAUUAAUGUAAUACUUCAACAAUCAUUAGAAUGCAACAAGGAACUUAAAAUAUUUUUUCGAGGUCUUAACUCUUUACCUGUUUUUUUUUCUCAUUCCCCUAAAAGACUAAAAGCACUUUCAGAAUUUAUGACUAAAAAAUUAGCCACAUUGGCUACUACUCGUUGGAACUUUACUUCACGAUUAGUUCAUACAGUUCAUAAUCAUCGAACAUCAUUGGUUGAUUUUUUUAUGUUUGUCUAUGAAAGUGAUAAUUUUCCAUCUAAUUUACUGAAAAAUUUACAAGACAUUUAUGGCGAUUUUUUCAACUAUGGUAAACUACAAAAUGAACUUCAUGUAUGGUACACCUUAAACGAAUCAUCUGAUAAAAGCCCUAUUGAAAUUAUGAAUUAUCUUUCUGAAAUGAGCUUAAUUAGUGGAUUUUCCGAGGUGUAUAAAUUGGCACAAUUAAUAUCUACUAUACCAACAACCACCGCUUCAGUAGAGAGAUCAUUUUCAUCUUUAAAAAGAAUCAUAUUGUCGUUCAACUCAAACUCAAGAAAGGAUGAACAACUUAAGCAUAAUAUCGAUAGAAAAAGAAUUGGUUUUCAAAUUAAGAGCAAAUAG